AUGGCAGUGCCCAAUGCUGGGGAAACUUUUUUGCUUGCAGAAAAAGUGAACAACUUCCCUCCCCUGCCACAUUUCAUCCCCUUGAAGCCAUGUUUCUACCAGGACUUUGAUGCAGAGAUCCCACCACAGCACCGGACCAUGGCCAAGAGGCUCUACUACCUCUGGAUGUUGAACAGCAUCACCUUGGCAGUGAAUCUCGUUGGCUGCCUCGCAUGGUUGAUUGGAGGCGGCGGAGCUGUUAAUCUUGGACUGGCAAUUCUCUGGCUCAUUCUCUUUACACCCUGCUCCUAUGUCUGCUGGUUUAGACCUAUUUACAAAGCUUUCAAGACAGACAGUUCCUUCAGCUUCAUGGCCUUCUUCUUCACCUUCAUGGCCCAGCUGGUGAUCAGCAUUAUCCAGGCAGUGGGGAUCCCUGGCUGGGGUGUCUGCGGCUGGAUUGCAGCCAUCUCCUUCUUUGGGACCAACGUGGGGUCAGCUGUGGUGAUGCUGAUCCCCCCCAUCCUCUUCACAGGGAUGGCCAUCUUCUCCUUCAUCGCCCUCGGGGGGGGGGGCAAGGUGCAUAAAUUUUACCGGGGGAGUGGUGGGAGCUUCAGCAAAGCCCAGGAGGAGUGGACCACGGGGGCCUGGAAGAACCCCCACGUGCAGCAGGCGGCCCAGAACGCGGCGAUGGGGGCAGCCCAGGGGGCCAUGAUGCAGCACGAGAGCCAGUACUCAGCCACCCCCAACUACACCUACUCCAACGAGAUGUGA